UUGUGUUUAGUAUCAAGCAAGCAUUCAACCUAGAAUUUAUUCGCGGUUUACAAAUUUAUAUAAACAAUUGAGUAAUUAAUUCAACAAUGUCAACAACACUGCUGAGGAUGGGACUGCGAUCCAUGGGGAGGGGAAUGAAUUUUGAAAAAAUCAUUCCACCUGUCAAUAAUUCAUUGUUGAGAGCAGCGAAAAGGGCCGCUACGCAAAAACAUCAGCUCCAGAUUACGAGGGCAAUGUCAGGGAAGAGAAAUGUCCAUCACUCACCCGCAUCUGCAACUGCUGAAUUAGAGAAUAACAGCGACAGUGACUCCGACAGUGAAUCAAGGGGCUCCUCCCCAUUUUGGCGAAGGAAAAUGCGAACUCUUCACAGCCAUUUGGAUGUAAAUAAAGACGGAGUUAUCAGUUAUGAAGAUUUUAUGCUGUUGGCGGAGAGAUUCGCUGAUUUGGGUCAUUUAACGCCAGAUGCGAAGAAAGAAUUCCAGAAGGUUUUAAGUGAAAUGUGGGAGGAACAAUGGGGAGAGAUAAGCCCAUACAAUCUCGUGGGUAUCGAACAGUAUUUGGAGGAGAUGCAUCACGUGGUGAAUGACUGCUCUCUCAAGAAAAAGUGUCACAAUUUUCUCCCCUUUUUAUUCAAGGCAGUAGAUCAUGACCAUAACGGUGAAAUAACUGUAGAAGAGUUUAAACUUUUUUUCCGAUGUCUCGAUCUUGGAAAUGACCAUGCAGUCGUUUCCUUCACGUUUAUCGAUACUAAUGAGGAUGGAAAGAUAACGAUCGAUGAAUUUGUCUCACUUGGACGAGACUUUUUCAUUUCAGAGGACCACAACAAACCGAGUAAACAUUUCUGGGGACCACUCGUCGAUUGAAACAAACAAUCUCUUCACGAGAAAAUAUUGUGAUAAUUAGAGGGAUCACUGUGAAUGCCACGCCUAUGCAAAUGCAUUUUUUUCUUAUCACUUAUUCACAUUUAUUCAUUCAUAUUUUCAAGUUUGAGUGAGAUUUAAUAAUUCACAGUAUCCUACCAUUAAUCUCGAAUUUUACAAAUCACUUUCACGUACUCUUUACAUAAUUAUGAUAAGGUAGUGAUAAGAUAUUUUUUAUAUAUCAAAUUUAUGGUUUUUCUUAUACAAUAAAUGUUUCUACGAUUUUAUAGAACUGAA